AUCACUGUUUUUUAGUACAACAACAAAAAUGGCGAUGUACACAAACAGUUUCGUACGGUGCUCCCGGUUCGGACCGAAAUUAAACACGGUAGUGCGCGGUUUCAGUGUCGAUUCCGGCCGGAAAUGGCUGCUGCAUCCGUCAGUGAAAUAUGUGUGCCUGAUUGGGGGCAGCCUCGUAGCCCUAGGCUACGCCCAGCAUCGCCAGCAGCCGAGGGUGCACGCGCUGCAGCUCCGCAAGGACGAGGUCGCGGAUAAAGCCAUAAAGUUAACAGCUCGUGAACGACGCUUCAUCAAGUUCGCCUCGGUCGAAUUUGACGGCCAGAUCUACAUGACGCCACAAGACUUUCUGGAGUCGGUCGUCGAGCAAGAGCCACGACCUCGAUUGAAGCGGAAAUCGUUGACACAGGAGGAGGUUCAGAAGCUGAAAGAUGUCACGCCAGCGCUCAAGCACGGAUCUUCCCAGCUAUUUCGAAGUUUGCGCGAUAAGGGCAUAAUCUCCUACACGGAAUAUCUGUUCUUGCUGUCGGUGCUCACGAAACCACACUCCGGAUUCAGAAUUGCUUUCAAUAUGUUCGAUACGGAUGGCAAUCAGCGAGUCGACAAGGACGAAUUUCUUGUGAUUCGUCAACUACUCGGAGGAUCACUCAAGGAUCGUGACCUAGACGAUGCCACCCGAAAAGCUCUCCUCCGCCUGGUGUCGACGAGUGCCCAAGCCAAGUUCUUGCUGGCAAAGACCCGGCUACAAUCCGUUUCGAAACCAACCUCGGCGGGCGAAGGUGAUUCCAACGAUCAGCACCAAGCGAAAACGUUGCCAAACAGUAGUAGAAGUUUUAUGGAGAAGAUUUUCAGCUUUGCUUGGAAGGGCAAACGUGGCAUCGAAAGCAAGGAAGGAGACGAAGCCGGUGAAAAUGAUGACUACGUCGACGAUGAACAGGGUCUUCAGAGGAAACACAAGGUGGACACGACACUGCAGGUUCACUUUUUCGGCAAGAAAGGUAACCAGGAUUUGCAGUACGAUGGGUUCUACAACUUUAUGAAGAAUCUUCAAACCGAAGUUCUGGAGCUGGAGUUCUGCGAGUUCUCCAAGGGCCACGAACGUAUCUCCGAGGUUGACUUUGCGAAGAUUCUGUUGAGAUAUACUUAUUUGGAUACUGAUGAAUACGACAACUACUUGGACCGUCUGCUGGACAGAGAAGCCAAGGAGAAAGGAGUUUCGUUUGAAGAAUUCCGUCAGUUCUGCCAAUUCCUCAACAACCUGGAUGACUUCUCCAUUGCCAUGAGAAUGUACACCCUUGCUGAUCAACCCAUAUCCAAGGACGAAUUCGGCCGGGCCGUCAAGAUCUGCACCGGUUCGGAGCUGAACAAGCACCUGAUCGACACGGUGUUUGCCAUCUUCGACGAAGACGGCGACGGGCUGCUGUCGUACAAGGAGUUCAUCGCCAUCAUGAAGGACCGGCUGCACCGGGGAUUCAAAUCGAACGUGAAAUCCGAAGGCUGGGAAGCUUUCAAGCACUGUCUCAAACAGGAAAUGAAACAAAACGUUUAAGCGUGUACUUUCGUGUAGGUUUUCUCCCCAUCUCUCUAUCUCGUGAAAAAAAAAACUUCCUUGUAUUGCAUCUCUUCCUAGUCUGUAUUUCAAAACGCCAAGUGCAAUACUUUUUCUGGUGCUUUCUAGAAGGAAAACUUAUCUUACAUCGUCACAACUAGAUAUUAUAUGUUCAAAACAUCGUAAUCGAAUGAAUAGCUCUCAGUUUUUAAAACUGAUUUUGAUCUUGAAUACGUAUUGAUUAUGUUAUUUAUAUUUAAUAAAUUAUAUUCUAUUUAUUAGAUGUCGUAAGCUUGUUGUUUCGAAAACUAGUCAAAUUAUUUGUUGGAAUCAUCAAUUUGGGACGUCAAAAUGAAGCCAGAUCAAAGUUUUUGGAUAUCAAAUCUACUUACCUUUUGAACUCAAUUACACAAUGUUAAACAUUUUCAAAUGCAUUUUAUGUGCUAUACCAAAUAAGUUGUGAUUUUUUUGGCAGCUAAAACUGAAAUACUGGAAUGUUGGAAAUAAAUUGUUUUAAAACGAUAAAAACUAAAAUACGGCUGUCAUCAGUUAUAGAAAACGUUAGAGAAAUCCACGAAAAUGUUUAAGAAAAAGCACAAAUGUAUCGUAUAUAUUAUUUGGGUUCACCUUACAGGUUACACUUGUUCAAUAAAUCAGUAAAACCCUUAAAAUAUUGUUUUGAAUUUCGCUUUUUGCCACUUCUAGCCGAAUUCGAACGCAUACCGUUAAUACGUCGUUUCUAGUAUUUCAAUCGAUAGUGUUCACCGUGUUGCGCUUUUUGGUUUUAAAAGUUUUAUAACCCCGUUCCAGGGUUGAUAUCGUCUCUUGAAGACACCACUGUACUGACUGCCGAAACGAUUUCGUAUUGUUUUUCUUAAGAAAGCUAAAUGAGUAUGGCAACACAAACAAUCCCGUAAUUAAAUGCUAUUUUUACUUCCACUUUUAUGCGUCGAUCACUCCCAUUACUUGUGCAUCGCAGUCGAACUCCCGCUCUCGUUUUGCUGCUACAAUAUACUUACAAAAUAUACGCGAUAAAGUAUAGAUAUUUGUAUAAAAAUAUAUGUAUAAUAUUGUAUUGUACGCAUACUUCUCCUUCAUCAGUGUAAUACUUUCAUGUCUUGUUUCGUCUACUGUCUUACGCUUGAAUUUAUUUUUCCGUUUUCGCUUAACAGUUCUUUCUUUCUGUGAAAUCGUUCUUUUUUCGAGCUUCGUAAUUGUUUAUAAUUCUAUCGAACUAAUUCUUACAUAAUAUAAUUCCAAUAAAUUAAACUACAUUUAUUAAUGAUUUUAAUAGAAAAUACAUUUACACAACAGUUUUUUUUACAAGCACACAUAAUUCGAGAACCAAUUUUUAUAGCAUUAUCAAUAUAAUUUCACUUAGAUGGGUACUAAACCAACAUAAAUCGUAAUUGUAAUUGCUGAAGGAAUU